UGUAGUAAUCACUUAGCAACCAGCUGCUUUAAACUCCGCAAGAGAGAGACAAAAAAGAAAAAAAAAAGUAAAAGAAAAAGUAAAAAAAGAGUAAUAAUAAUAAAAGGGGGGAUUUGCCGUGAUUAUUAUUACGUAACGUGAAAAGUAAGUAUUACUAGACAUACUGAGGUCUCAGAAGAGAAAGUUGUUGUCACCACCAAUUGCCAGGUAGUACUUCCACUACCGCCUUCAUCACAACCACCACCACCAUUAUCAACGCCGCCGCCACCACCUUCACUUAUUCGGCGCUAAAAGUCAUCGCCAAAUUUCUCCGCAAUGGAACCGUCGUCUCCAUUGACUGCAUCGAAUAGUUCGGCUGAUUUAAGGGACGUUUUCCAUAUAAAGAACAUUGGCUAUGAUGUGGUAUUAUCCAGGGCCAAUAAUACAGUUAGCUGGACUCCGAUGUCAUUGAAUCCCGAAGCAGAUGGCUCCAGUCGUCAAAAGUCCACUUUCUUCAAUGCAAUGCUUAAACGAACCAAAUUAUCGAGUCUAGAUUCUCUGUCUAAUGACGGUUGUGUUGAAUUUAAAAAUAUGUACGGUGCUCGUAUUAUACACCGACGGUCAAAAGACCUGGCUGAAGGACAAGGUCUCUGUAUAGGCAUUUCUAUUCUUACUUACGAAGAACAAUCCGGAAAUAAACUAUUGGAGAAGAGCUUUGUAUUUUCCAAUCCCUGCAAAGAACUAUGUAAGAAAUGGGUGGAAGAAAUAGAAAACAUUCUUGCUGGUUUCCCAGAGCGUCCAAAGAAUCUAAGAGUUUUGUGUCAGCCGCAUGCUGGAAACAAACAGGGAUUAAUGACAUAUGGUUCAAUUGUGGAACCAAUCUUCAAAAAUGCAAACACAAAUAUUGAUUUCUCUGAAUUGGAGAAUUGUGGUGAACAUCUAACAGAUUUGAUUGAAGAUAUGGACUCAACAAAAUAUCACUGCUUAGUGGUAAUUGGUGGUGAUGGAACAGUCAAUAAAGUGGUUAAUGCUUUGAUGGAUAAAAGCAACAGCAACGUUUGUCCUGCAGACUGGAUGUCUUCCAAUGUGAUACCCACUAAACCAACAAUGAAAAUUGGCGUUAUUCCUACAGGAACCACCAACCAUAUUGCUCAAUCUGUGAUUGGAACCUGUGAUCCCGUAACAGCAGCCAUACAUAUUUCACUUGGUCAUUAUCGAUAUGUAGAUCUCUGUUCCGUGCACCAUGAUGGCUUGCUGUAUAAAUGGGUUUUCAACAGCCAGUAUGGUUUUGCUGGAAAUGUUCUUACUUUUGCAGAACGUUAUAGAUCUGUUCUUCGUUCAAAGAAAAUGGAAGGAGGCUUUUUAAAAGCUUUGACUCAGUCAAAAUUAAGGUGUUACAUGUGUAAAGUAGAAUACAGACAAAUAGAAGAUGAUUCUGAGGUGAAGAAUGCAUGUACAAGAGGGUGUACAGUUUGUCGGGUUCCUGAAAAAUUAGAUGAAAGUGGUUUACAAGAAACUCAGCAAACAUAUGCAGAUUCUGCUUUGAGUUCUGAAUGGAAAGUUGGCCCUCCUCAGUAUUUCAUGAAUGUUGGAAUCUUUACAAUUCCUGGUUUGUGUAGUUUUGCUCCGGAAGGUCUCAGUAAGUUUACUCAUUUGGCAGAUGGAUCGAUGCAUUUAUCAUUGGUGCAUAACACAGAACGCUCAGAAUUUCUACAUUUCCUCAAACGUCAUACCACAUCAAAAGACCAGUUUGACCUUCCAUUUGUAACAUGCUAUAAAGUACGGCAGGUACGAAUCACUCCAUAUCCACAAAUCACUGAUGACAAAGGCCGUAGUUCCCCAGUGCUUCCCAUGCAGUCAGAAACCAAGGAUGAUUCUGUUAAGGGUUCUGACUCAGGAGACAGUAGUUCUACAAGUGCAAGUCGUAAGGGGUCAACAAACAAGAAGAAGAAAAAAGCUAAAGCUGACACUCGUUCUUUAUCAAUCUGGAAUGUGGACAAUGAACCUAACCCUCCCUUAGAUUUAGAAUUCAGAGUUCAUCAUGCAGUGUUAAAGAUUUGUGGAGAAGGAACCCUGAACAGUUACACGGAAGCAGAUGAGCCGAAGAUGAGUUGUUUGUUUACUUGAACCAUGAAAUUUUUGCUUAUUCUGCAGCAACUCUCAAAUUAAAAUUUUGCCAAAUAUUGAUAGAAAAAAAAACCAAAAACAAUGUAAUACUAUUGUUCAUAACAACUUUUUGUUGUGGCUAUGUUAACCAACGAUUUGUGACUAUUAACCAACCAAUUGUGGCUAUGUUAACCAACGAUUUGUGACUUUUAACCAACCAAGGCUAUGUUAACCAUUCCUCUUUGAUUACUAACCAAUAAAGUAUGACUGUGUUAACGAGCCUAAUACAUAAUCAGCCGGAAGUGGCAUAUUUGCCAUACAUAUAUAUUUUACACAUAUUUAUCAUAUAUUUGCCAUAUAUAUGAAAACAGUAAUUUAGAUCAGAAAACAUUAGAAUUCAUCUUUUGUGCCUUUUUUUUUUUUUUUAGAAAUAUUUGACAAUAAACAUAUUUCAAUUGAA